GUGCGGUUGCGUGAUCCUCCGCGAAUGCCACGCAGAGAGAACGGAAACCGGCGACCGGGGAGAGGCGGAGGCGAAUCGCGGAGCAUCUUGUCACUCCCAUGUCCUCCUCCAUGGCUUCGUCGCGGGUGAUGCUUUCCUCCUCCUCUCCAGCUUCCGAUCUGGCGCGGUUGCCUGACGCCGUAGCGGUCAAGGGCUUCGGAUCUAUGAGCGUGGAGGAACUUUUGCGUAAUGCGAGUGGCGGGGGCUUAGACGGCGCAGGAAAAAGCUUCCCGCUGCCGAAGAGCGUCGGCGGGAGGACGGUGGAGGAUAUGCGGUGGGAGAUCGCGCCCAAUCGGGGAGCGGACGGAUCCGGCGGGGAGAUGACGCUGGAGGACUUCCUGGCGAAGGCGAGCGUGGUUGGAAUGGAGGAUGUCGUAAUCCCCACCGGAUGGAGUCAGGUGGCCUUGGCAGCGAAUCAUGCGACAAGGGAAGGGUUUGGGGAACCGCGGAAUUUGCUCUUGGAGAACCCGGCCAUAGGGUUCGGGAAUGGAGAGGAAGGCGUUGUAAGGGCGGAGAGAGGGAGGAAGAGACCAUUGUCGGAUCCGGUUGAUAGAAUGGCUAUACAACGGGAGAAGAGGAUGAUCAAAAACAGGGAGUCUGCAGCAAGAUCGAGGGAGAGGAAACAGGCCUAUAUUAAUCAACUUGAAGCUUCAGUUGCAAAAUUAGAGGAGGACAAUGCACGGCUUUUGAGAUGCCUGGAGCAGCAGCAAAGGAUGAGGCUCAAGAAGUUGUGCAGUUUGCAAGUAGAAUAGAAAGAAGCAUACAGAUCCUCAAACUCCAAAGGCUUAUCUUAUGGAAAACGUACUACCAGUAACAGAGAAGCGAAGACCGAGCCCAUCGCUGCGAAGAACCAGCUCCAUGGAGUGUCUGAAAUUAAAGUUCGAGCUUUGAAAGUGUCAGGAGUCAUAACCUUUUAGUUACAGCCGUUACCAUUCUCAGAAUCGUCUCCAAAUAUAACCGAAGCAAAACUUGCAUAGUGUAUACAGGAUUGCACAAGGAUGCAAAGCAAGGUCUGGAUUGAUGAAAGGUGCGAUUUUUUUUAAUCUUUUAUUUAUUAAUAUAUUCAAAUAGUCAAAAUAGGAAGGAAAAAACAAAAAAAAAACACUUGCUCCGCAAGGCCAUUUGAAAAUUGCUAAUUAAUUUCUCUGUUUUUAUUUCUCUGGUAGUUAAGUUUUCAACUUUUA